GAUAUGUACAAACACAGAAUCCUAGCCAUUACUUUAUGUGCUAAUUAAAUCACUUCUGUUUUUAAACCAAUAUCGCCCGUCUACUAGAACGAAGCAGCCGGCUAACGCUCGAACUGCAUACUACAAGCUUACAACAUUCUUAAAGCUAUUGAGUUAAACUAUAAGGGAGGCUAGACUAGAUUACAGACAUGUCGUGGCUGCCGAUGCUUGGCCUGACUGCCCUGCCUCAUCUUGGUGGGCUUUAUGGAGGUUACGUGACCCGCAAGCAAGUGAAGACUUGGUAUACGACUCUCAACAAGCCGUCAUGGCGUCCCCCAAAUGCUGCGUUCCCGAUAGUGUGGACCACCCUCUACACAGGCAUGGGGUAUGGCUCCUAUCUUGUGUGGAAGGAAUGUGGGGGCUUCACUCAGGAUGCUGUGGUACCUUUGGGACUUUAUGGGCUCCAGCUGGCUCUCAACUGGGCCUGGACUCCUAUCUUCUUUGGAGCACACAAGUUGAAAAUGGCACUCAUAGAGCUAGUGAUGCUGACUGGUACUGUUGGAGCCACUUUGGCCUCCUGGUAUCCUGUCAAUCGCACUGCCAGCCUGCUUCUGGUCCCCUACUUGGCCUGGCUGUGCUUGGCCACUUCUCUCAACUACUGCAUCUGGAGGGAUAACCCAGAAAAGGAUGAAAAGAAGGAAUAGGCUGCACUAUGCUCUCUACUUGGCUUUUGCCCAGAUCUGAAGUAUCUUUAUUUUUACUCAUAUAACCAUUGAAGUGUAUGACACUCUAAACAAAAAUGUGUUCUUAAUGGUUGCACGUACAGUGAAUAUUGUAUUUUUGGUUUCAAACACUUAUAAAUAAAGGACAUUUUCCAAACAGAA